GACGCGCUGCGCGGCCGGUACCCCGCCAGGAGCCGCGCGGCGCUGCGCGGAGCCCGGAGCCCGGCUGGGCUCGGCUCGGCGCCGCCGCCGUCGCCAUGUUGAGGCGCAGCAAGGCCGAGGUGGAUCGUUAUGUCGCCUCCGUGCAGGCCACUGCGCCUUCCUCGAGAGAGAAAUCGUUGAAAGGAUUCCUUUUUGCUAAGCUGUAUUUUGAAGUAAAAGAGUAUGAACUUGCUAAAAGUUACAUAUCUACAUACCUCAAUGUGCAAGAGAGAGAUCCGAAAGCACACAGAUUUCUUGGACAAAUCUAUGAAGCUGAAGACAACAUAGAAAAAGCUUUUGGGUGUUACAAGCGUUCUGUGGAGUUGAACCCAACGCAGAAAGAUCUAGUACUGAAGAUAGCAGAGCUACUGUGCAAUAAUGACGUCACUGAUGAAAGAGCAAAAUACUGGGUUGAAAAAGCUGCUAAGUUGUUUCCUGGAAGCCCUGCUGUUUACAAGUUGAAGGAGCAGUUGUUGGAUUGUAAAGGUGAAGAUGGAUGGAAUCAACUUUUCGACUUGAUUCAAGCAGAGCUCUAUGCAAGACCAGAUGAUAUCUACAUUAACAUCAGACUAGUUGCACUCUACCGCUCAAAUAAUAGGCUAAGAGAUGCUGUUGUCCAUUGUCAGGAGGCAAAGAAGAAAAUACCUUUGCAGUCAAGCUUGGAAUGGUGCUCCUGUGUCAUAGAGACAUUUGAGGAAUACCUGGAAUCUGUACAAGACUUGGAGUCUGAUAAAAGUAAUUGGAGAACUAUCAAGAAAGAUCAUCUGCUGGCCUAUUGCAGCUUUCUUAAAGUGACACUAUCUUCUAGAGAUGUUCAAGAAUGCAGAGACGCACUCAAAAGUCUUGAUCGUGUGCUUCACUCAGUGAAAACAUAUGUGAAUGGGACUGACGAGUUGUCUCGUACCUUCAUUGAAAUGAAAGGACAGUUAUACAUGCAUGCUGGAACUUUGCUACUGAAAAUGGCUCAGGACAGUGAGUUACAAUGGAGAGAGGCAUGUGAGCUGGCAGCAUUGUGUUACUUGAUAAGUUUCCAGGUUCCUAAACCAAAGUCAAAACUAAUACAAGGGGAGCAUACUGGACAAGAUACGCUGGAAUUGUUGGCCUGUGAUCGGAAAAGCCAGUCAGGUCAUAUGCUGCUGAAAUUGAGCCAUGGCAAGGAAGACUUCCUGAAAGAGGUUGUGGAAUCUUGGGCAAACAAAAGUGGUUUAUCUACACUGUUUAAUAGUCUCUUCAAGAGUGGAGGAGCUUCCAGAGAGAGGUCUUUCCUUGGUACAGAUGAUAUCGGAAACGUCAGUACACAAGCACCAGUGCAAGCUGAACUUCAUAAAUACGAUCUUGGUGCCGUUCGAACGCACAAUGGUAGUCUCCAGCAUCUUGUGUGGCUUUGUUUCCAGUGGAUUUUGAUGUCAACAUUACCCCCAGUGCGUAGAUGGCUAAAACAACUUUUUCACUUGCCCCAAGAAACAUCAAGACUAGAGACAGAUGCUCCUGAAUCCAUUUGCCUGUUAGACCUUGAAGUAUUUCUGCUUGGAGUGGUAUUCACUAGCAAUUUACAAUUGCAAAAGAAGUUUAACGCUCGCUACAGUGCACACCAGCCUCAGUUCUUACCAUUGCCAGUAUGCAAACAGCUCUACACUGAAAAGCAAAGAGCCUGGUGGGAUGCUGUUCGUACUCUUACGCAGAGAAAAACAAUAUCAGGAACAGCGGUAAAACUGAGGCUUGUAGUACAGCAUGGGAUAAGUACUCUACGAGCACUGGAGAGACAUGGCCUUCAACCUGCCUUAAUUAUACACUGGGCAAAAACACUGCAAAAAACUGGCAUUAGCCUUAACUCAUUUUAUGACCAGAAGGAAUACAUUGGACGAAGUGUUUACUACUGGAAGAGAGUCUUGCUUAUGCUGGAAAUAGUCAAAAAGAAGAGGAGCAUUCCUGAACCUACUGAUCCUCUCUUCAAACAUUUCCGUAGUGUUGACAUUCAGGUCUCACAGGUUACAGUCUAUGAAGAAGAGGCACGUAUAGCAUUUGCAACCUUGGAUGCAGUUGAUGGCAGAACUGAUGAUGCUUUGUUAGCAUUUGAAGCUAUUAAGGAUGUCGUUUCAUACUGGAAUCUUGCUAUAAUCUUCCAAAGAAAGGCAGAGGAGAUUGAGAAUGAUGCCAUGUUGCCAGAAGAACAAGAAGAACACAAAGCCUAUCUUUUUAAAAGCAAGCAUUAUCUAAUGAAGAUCUUAGAUGAAAGCUCCUCAGAUAUGUCAGUAACUGAGAAACUGCCGGUAUCUGUUGAAACUGUGAGGGAAAUGUUGGACGCAGUGAUUCAGGAACUCGGAGAGAAUGAUGAAGAGGGAAGUCUUGCCUUCGGAAAUGAUCUGUCACCAGCUGUAGAUUCAGAGGUGAAACAUUCUACUCCAUUGACUGAUAAGUUCUCUGUCUCACCAACUAAGAGCUACAAGUUUUCUCCUAAAAAUCCCCCUCAGUGGGCAGAAGAUCACAGAUCUAUACUUCAAAUGAUCUGUCAGCAAGUGGAAGCUUUAAAGAAUGAGAUGCAAAAAAUGAAACACAAUAAUUCCAACUCGAAUGUAUCAUCUCAUCGGUGGCCUGGUGAAAGCUACGGAACAGAUACUAUGUCAGAUAGCUAUCAGAGAGCACAAAAUCUUCAUGAAGCUCCAUUAACAGUUGCUACUACUGGCCCAUCUGUUUACUAUAGCCAGUCACCUGCCUAUAACUCUCAGUAUCUUCUCAGAACUACUGCGACCAAUGUAACACCAACAAAGGCACCGGUCUAUGGCAUGAACAGACUUGCACCUCAGCAACACUUAUAUGCUUAUCAACAACCAAUCCAUACACCACCUCUGCAAAACACUUCUGCUUGUGUGUUUCCCCAAGACUUAUAUGGCACGUCUUUGCAUUUUGAUGCUCCUGGGAUCAUUUCACCUCGUGGGACUGGUGAUUAUUACAAUUACAGUGUUCCACAGGCAAACACAAAUCCACAGCUACCUGGACCUGGCUAUUUCACAAAGCCUUCAGUUGCACCGACAACUUUAAAACCUGCAGAAUCAAAAGUGAAAGAACUUCCAAAAUCUAAAUUUGGACAGCCAGGAACAGUAGAAGGGUCAAAAACACGUCUGCCAACACCAGCACAGUCAAGUCAACCAACAACUUUUAAAUUCAACACUAACUUCAAGUCUAAUGAUGGAGACUUUACCUUUUCUUCUCCUCAAGCUGCAACGCAGCCUGCUAAUGCAGGUCUUAAUAGCAGUGAAAGUCUUUUGGGUCUUCUGACAUCUGAUAAACCGUUACAAGAUGAUAGAUAUGCUGAGCAAAAAGCAGCUAACAACCACACAACUGGUCAAAGAAAUGCAUUCAAUUUUGGCAAUAAACAUAUUUCAGGCAUCCCUUUUACUGAAGGUGUGGCACAGAAUGCACAUAAAAACCUGGCUUUUGAGCGGAGUGAUAUGUUUAGUUUCCAAGAACCAAGCAAGUCUUUAUUUAUGACUUCAACUUCUGAUUUGGCCAAUAGAAGUCAUGAAACAGAGGGAGGAAGCACCCUUGGAGAUGAGAGUGAUGAUGGUCCUCAUUUUGAUCCUGUGGUGCCCCUCCCUGACAAGAUUGAAGUAAAGACAGGUGAGGAAGAUGAAGAAGAAUUCUUCUGCAACAGAGCCAAACUGUUUCGUUUUGAUGCAGAAUCUAAGGAAUGGAAAGAAAGGGGUAUUGGAAAUGUGAAAAUACUGAAGCAUAAAGUAUCUGGCAAAUUCCGUCUCUUAAUGAGACGGGACCAAGUACUGAAAAUCUGUGCAAAUCACUACAUAAAUACUGAUAUGAAAUUAACGCCAAAUGCUGGAUCAGAUAGGUCAUUUGUAUGGCAUGCUUUGGAUUAUGCAGACGAGUUGCCAAAACCAGAACAGCUUGCAAUUCGGUUUAAAACACCAGAGGAAGCAAUGCUUUUCAAAAGUAAGUUUGAGGAGUCACAGAACAUUUUAAAAACCUUAGGAUCAAAUGUUGACACAUCUGUGACUCAGAGUAGUGGGACUGCAAGAGAAACAAAUCAGGAUAUCAAGAAGUCUAAUGGAUCAACCUCAGGGACCCUGAACUCUGCAUUUCAGUUCCCAAAAGAUGGAGUGACCAGUGAAUCUGGUAACAAAGUCAGUCUUGCAUCUGCGCCAACUGCAUCUGCCCUUCCCACUUUCUCAUUCAAAAAGGAAGCUCAGCAAACCUUUUCUUCUGGUGGGUUUGGACAGUCACCCUUGAAGGAUCAAUGGGAAUGUAAGGUAUGUUUAGUUCCAAAUGAAGCAACUGCAAAGACUUGUGUAUCGUGCCAAAGCCCAAAUGCAGAUACGUGGCAAACACAUGGCACCCCAUCAGCUGAAUCUACUGCAAGUUUCAAAGCCACCGGUAACACUGUGCAGGACAAAUUUGGAUCUGCCUUUGCUAAAAAGGAAGGUCAGUGGGACAGCAGCAUCCGUUCAGUGAGAAACGAACCUGUUGCCUCCCAGAAUCCAAGCAAAAUGAAUACAGAAGUAUCUUCUCAAAUUUCCUUUAAAUUUGUAUUAGAUUCUCCAAAAACCGUUCAAAAUGACUUAGGAACUGCUUCUUCUAAAAAAGAAGGUCAGGGGGACUGCUCUGUAGGCCUAGUCCAAAAUGAAGCCAAUGAUGAAAACUGUCAUUCUUGCCAGAAUCCUAAAUCACAAAGUCAACCAGAUGUGCCUCUGUCUACUGUUCAGACACCUUCUGCUCCCAGCUUCAGUUCUGUUGCUGAUGCAACUAAGCCACAGAAGAAUUCAUUUGCAGAGCUUUUUGCUAAAAAGGAAGGUCAGUGGGAUUGUGAUGUUUGUCUUGUAAGGAAUGAAGGUUCUUCACCAGCCUGUGUAGCUUGUCAAACACCAAAUCCAUCUGGUAAGUCUGCUAGUGAUGCUUCAUCAACAUCUACUUCUGAUUUGAAAAGUAAACUAUCUGAACCUGCCAAAGGACAACUGGGAACAGGUUUUAAGUGUGAUUUCUCAGGAAAGGGCUUUAAGUUUGGUCAUGCUGAGCAAGGCAAGACACCAGCAUUUACGUUUCAAAUUCCUGCUGAUUCUGAAGCGAAGUCUGCAAAGGAAGGAUUUAACUUUUCAAUGUCAGUGCCUCCAAGUGGAUUUAAAUUUGACAUACAGGAACCUAGCAAAAAUGCCACUAAGAAAGAUGAUCCAUCCAAAGAGUCUACAGCUGGCUUCUUAACAAAUCUUGAUGAAAAAGACAAAAAGGAACUGCUUUCAGAUAGUGGAACUUCCCCCCAAUCUCAAGAAACUGCAAGCAAGGAGAAAGUUGACUUUGUUUUUGGCCAAAAUAGCAAUGCUUUUACUUUUGCCGAGCUUGCAAAAAGUACUCCUGGGGAAGGCUUCCAAUUUGGCAAAAAGGACCCUAACUUCAAAGGCUUCUCAGGUGCAGGUGAAAAGCUGUUUUCUUCACAGGUUUCUAAAGAUGAUCACAAAGCAAGCACCUCUGCUGACCUUGGUGAGAAGGAUGAUGAUGUGUAUAAGACUGAGGAUAGCGAUGAUAUCCAUUUUGAUCCUAUAGUUCAGAUGCCUGAAAAAGUAGAACCGUUCACAGGAGAGGAAGAUGAGAAAGUGCUAUACUCACAAAGAGUGAAGCUGUUCAGGUUUGAUCCAGAAACAAGCCAGUGGAAAGAACGUGGGGUGGGCAACCUGAAGAUUCUUAAAAACGAGGUUAAUGGCAAAGUAAGAAUAUUAAUGCGACGUGAGCAAGUACUGAAGGUGUGUGCAAAUCACUGGAUAACAACAACAAUGAACUUGAAACAGCUCUCUGGCUCAGACAAAGCGUGGAUGUGGAUGGCCAGUGACUUCUCUGAUGGUGAUGCGAAGCUGGAACAGCUGGCAGCAAAAUUCAAAACACCGGAGCAGGCUGAGGAAUUCAAACAGAAGUUUGAAGAAUGUCAGAGGCUACUACUAGAUAUACCACUGCAGACACCCCACAAACUUGUCGAUACAGGUAGGACAGCUCAACUUAUACAGAAAGCAGAAGAAAUGAAGAGUGGCUUAAAAGAUCUCAAAACAUUUCUGACAGAUGACAAAACUAAACUGACAGAAGAGGAAAAUGUAAACUCUGCUUCUGCCAGCAGUACUUCUGAUUUGGUUGUAAAGCCCCAUGCUGAAAGUACUGGGCCUGCUUUGGAAUGGGAUAACUGUGAUUUGCGUGAGGAAGCAUUGGAUGACAGCGUAAGUAGCUCCGUGUAUGCAUCACCUCUUGCAAGUAGCCCUGUACGGAAAAAUCUGUUUAGAUUUGGAGAGUCUACUACAGGCUUUAAUUUCAGCUUUAAAUCUGCCUUGAGCCCAUCCAAAUCUCCUUCCAAGCAGAACCAGAGCAGAACGUCUGUAGGCACAGAUGAAGAUUCUGAUGUUACUCAAGACGAGGAGAGAGAUGGGCAGUACUUCGAACCUGUGGUACCUCUGCCUGACCUCGUGGAAGUGACCAGUGGUGAGGAAAACGAGCAAGUUGUCUUCAGUCACAGAGCUAAACUCUACAGAUAUGACAAAGACACUAAUCAGUGGAAAGAGAGAGGUAUUGGGGAGAUCAAGAUACUGCAGAACUAUGACAACAAACAAGUGCGUAUAGUAAUGAGAAGGGACCAGGUACUAAAACUCUGUGCCAAUCAUAGAAUAACACCAGAUAUGAAUAUGCAACAAAUGAAAGGAUCUGACAGAGCGUGGGUAUGGACCGCAUGUGACUUUGCAGAUGGAGAACGGAAAGUUGAGCUUCUAGCUGUGCGAUUCAAACUGCAGGAUGUGGCAGACUCAUUUAAGCAGAUUUUUGAUGAAGUAAAGAAUGCCCAAGAGACAGGCACACUGAUAACACCUCUUUCUUCUCGUGCCAAUACACCAAAAGAAUCUCCAUGUGGUAAAAAUGCUGUAGCUGUACUGGAAGAAACUACUAGAGAAAGAACUGACCUCAGCCAUGGCGAUGAUACUUGUGACGUAACUGUAGAGGCCUCAGAGGUGUCGAGCACAUCUGAAACGCCAACAAAAACAGUGGUUUCUCCUCCGAAGUUCGUAUUCGGAUCUGAAUCUGUCAAGAGCAUUUUCAGUAAUGAAAAGUCAAAGACAUUCACGUUUGGAAAUACUUCAGCCACUGGUUCUCUCUUUGGGUUCAGCUUUAAUCCUCCAAGAAAAGGUGAAGACAAUACUCCAACAUCGCAGAAGGAAGUAGCUGGACCAAGAAGCUCCAGUGCACUGCAGAAGCCUCAAGACAGCAAGGCAGACAACUUGGCUACUUCGACACAUAUUAGCCCAGCCAACUUCUCAUUUAAAAUUCUGGAAAAAGGAUUUAAUUUUAGCCUUUUUAAAUCUAAUCCAAUGGCCUUUUGGACAAGCACACCUUCCUUGCAACCUGACAGUAAAGCUGAGGAGAAGACAACAGUGCCAGAAGAUGACCCUCCAUCUGAUGAGGUUAUAAUUGUUUACGAGUUAACACCUACCCCUGAGCAGAGAGCUCUUGCUGGCUUUCUUAAACUACCUUCAACGUUCUUCUGCUAUAAGAAUAAGCCUGGAUAUGUGAGUGAGGAGGAUGAUGAUGAAGACUAUGAAACAGCUGUUAAGAAACUUAAUGGAAGACUCUAUCAAGAAGAGAAAAGGAAAUUGCAAGGUCAUGCUAAAGAUAUGUCUGAAAACACAACAGAAAACAAAAUCAUCUCAUUUGGAUCUGGCAAUACCUCAGACUUGUCAUUUGCAGAUCUGGCUUCCAGAAACUCUGGAGACUUUGCUUUUGGGUCAAAAGAUAAAGACUUUAGAUGGGCGAACACUGGAGCAACCGUAUUUGGAGCACAGAAAACCAGCAAAGCAGAUGAAGAUGAAGGUGAUAGCGGUGAUGAAGUCGUACAUAAUGAUGAUAUCCACUUUGACCCCAUUGUUUCCUUACCAGAGGUGGAAGUAAAAUCAGGAGAAGAAGAUGAAGAAAUUCUUUUCAAAGAGAGAGCCAAACUUUAUAGAUGGGACAGAGAUGCUACUCAGUGGAAGGAGCGUGGUGUUGGAGAAAUAAAGAUCUUAUUCCAUACUCAGAAGUUAUGUUACAGAGUCCUAAUGAGAAGGGAACAAGUUCUUAAAGUGUGUGCAAACCAUGUAAUUACCAAGGAAAUGAAUUUAGUACCUUCAGAUACAUCAAACAAUGCUUUAAUUUGGACAGCCACGGAUUAUGCAGAUGGUCAACUAAAAGUAGAACAACUUGCAGUGAGGUUUAAAAGUCAAGAAAUGGCUGCUACUUUCAAGAAGGUAUUUGAGGACUGCCAGGGAAGCUUAUCAAAACUGAAGAAGGGACUGCCAGCAGGACUGUCAAAGGACACCAACCCUGUUGUUUAUUUUGAAGUUUCUGCUGAUGACAAACCUUUAGGACGUGUAACCAUGGAGCUGUUUUCAAAUAUUGUCCCUCAAACAGCUGAAAAUUUCAGGGCCCUGUGCACAGGAGAGAAAGGAUUUGGAUUCAAGAACACCAAAUUUCACAGAAUAGUUACUGACUUUGUGUGUCAGGGAGGUGAUAUAACUAACCAUGAUGGAACAGGUGGACGGUCAAUUUAUGGAGAUAAAUUUGAAGAUGAGAACUUUGAGUUGAAGCACACUGGUCCUGGAUUGCUGUCAAUGGCAAAUAGGGGUCGGGAUACAAAUAACUCUCAGUUCUUCAUAACUCUCAAAAAAGCAGAACACUUGGACUUUAAACAUGUGGUGUUUGGUUUUGUGAAAGAUGGAAUGGAUGUUGUGAAAAAGAUCGAAUCCUUUGGUUCUCCCAAAGGGUUAGUAAGUGGAAGAGUUGUCAUUACAGACUGUGGGCAAAUAUAGACUUCUGGCUUUUGAGUAUACGGAUGUUCUAGCAGUAUAAAUCAGUAUUUAGAUGUUAUUGAUUAAUUAUUUCAACUUCUCUAAAAAGGACACUUCUGAUGUAUAAAUGUAAAAUUAAGCUUAUGGUUAUUUUUUGUGUGUUCUAAUUGAUUUUUUUGCAUGUUAAAUAAGUUCAGACACUGGCAUAUUUCGGGUGUAUUUGUGUUAUCAUGACAUAUUUGUAUUGAAUGUCAAAUUUUAAAAAUUAAAUCCUAGUCUUGUUAAAAUAA